GAAGCGAAGUGCAGGAGGCACAACACAGUAUUGAAAACCAUCCUAGUUCUUCCAGGCACCGGUACCUAGUCUAUCCUAAAUUCUGUGUGCAUCAUUCAUGCCUCCAAGUGCAUAAAACGAGAUAUAUAAUAAAUAUGGAGGUAGAGUCGUAGACUGAAUUGUGUUCAUUCCCUCGGUAUCCGCGAAACAGGUAAACGAACGCUUUUAAAAGCGAAAAUUAAACCAGUGCUUUUGCGGACAGAGGAAAACAAAUGGGGAAAGUACUUCGGAUCAAAGAUGAUGCGUGGAGAAGACCUGAAACCAGGCGACGCAUCAUAGAGAAGAUUGACGAGGUUGUUCACCGCAUCGGAGUGGAAAUGGAGCAAACCAGCAUCGACAUAGAGAACUUGGCGUACUUGAGAGCCAAUAACCGCCAGGACUACAUGUACAUGAUAUAUAGGUCCAUUAUAAGCAACAUGGAGAUAGCUAGAGAGCGGAACGCUGACUUCAGAGAAAAACUGAACAAAUUUGCUCAAGCCAAAUCUCUGUCAACUCGAACUGCUCUCGCCAUCGUCACAAAAAUAUAAUCGAAGCGUGCACGCAUGCUCAAAUCAUCUAAUAUAUCUUUAUGUUGUGAUUUUCCAAGAAAAUAUAAACAAAAUGGUAAUAUAAAUACUUCUGAUGUUCUUUUAAUAUAUUCCCGUUGGCGCUCUCACAAAAUACCAAAUUAAGUAGCAUCAGGUAUGUCAAUGUAAAAGGUCUACUUACUUUGUCGAUUUGAGAUUGAAUAUACCACGUGAUUUUUUUUAACUGGGACAGUAUGGGAAAAUCCAAAACCAUAGGUGAUACAGGAAAACUGUCUUAGGAACCAAUAGGCUUUCUUUUUCGUUUUCCCAUGUAGCAUAUAAUUCACAUGAAAUUCAAUAAUAUUACACUUUUUAAAUUAUUAAGUACUUGGACUAUAAUUAAUUUAAUACAUUGCAAUUUAGUCUUGUAUAAAAAAUAAUUGAUCAAAUUUGAUCAACUUCUGUUGUUCCGAUUUUUUUCUACCCAUGCAUCAAAAUGUUCCUUACAAGAAACUUAAUCGAUCAGCAUUCAUUUUUUUGUCGAUAUUAUAAUUUUUUUUAUCAAUAUUAGGUAUUCAUUUCUAAAGACAGCUCACGCUUGCCCAAAAAAUUUACUGUAUCAAAUUUGACAAAAAAGACCUAAUGAUUCCUACGACAGUUUCCCUGUAUCUCCUAUGGUUUCGGAUUUCUCCAUUCUGUCCCAGUUAAAAAAACACACUGUAUAUUUAUAACUUAAAAAACGGCGAAGAUGGCGUAUUUUCGAACAGAUUUUCAGGUUGUCGUUUUGAUCAAUGUUAACACGUCUCUGUGAGUUUAUAAUUAUAAUCUUGAUGUUUAUAAAUGUUACGAAUUUAGAUUAGAUGUGAAAUUGGGUUGUGAAAUUGUAAAGGUAGAAAAAACAGUUGCUGACUGGAAGAGAAAUUUCAACCGUAAAUCUUUUAAAAGGUUCUUUUCGUCUGCUUUUCCAGGCAGGGGUACUGUUUAUUACCUGCGAGAAAGGAAAACCACCAUUGUAAAGACUACUUU